AAAUAAAAUUCCCAAAACACAGAUAGUUUUGUUAUUAUAUUCUGAUAUUUUCACUGAAUUUGAAUUUUGACUAUUAUCCAAAUUAACUGACCAUCUUGCCUGAUUAUGGGGCAAACCAAAGGCCAACCGAGGACUAAUACCACGCUGAAUCAACUGCUGGACGAGAGUGUCGAGUGCAUGCUCCGUGUGGCGUACGGGAUUAGUGGCACGCUGGUCCGGCCAAAGGAUCGUAUCAUUUGCAACAGCACGCUGGCCGAGAUGACCAAGUUUAGUCGAUCCGAUUCGUUCGAGGUGAAGCGCAAUGUGCACAAAUUCAUGAGGUUCUAUCUGCAAGUGCUGCGCUGGACACAAACGCAUCAGCCGAUCAGGCUGUACGAGAAAUGGUAUAACAAUGAGGAUCACGUUGGGCAAUCGAACUUUUUUGCACGGCCGGGCAUGGAUACCCCAGACGAGAAGCACAUUUGGCUGGAGAACGGGAAGUCGUAUCUGGCGAUGAAACAUUUCGAUGAUGGCUCCACAAUGAUCUACUCGGCGGUGGCCAAGGACGCCAGCCUGGGCUGGAUGGAUAGCGGCAUUAAGGUAUUGGCCAAGCAGGUGCACAUCGCAGACGUUGAUUAGUGUAAAUUGUCCUACGAUAUGAACUAUUAUAUAUUUCGAGUUGUGAAAUGCACAAAAUAUGUUUUGCGAGAUUCAGUGUACAACUUUUGUCGCUCUUAAAAUUAAAUACAAAAUGUGGACGGAA